ACGUCUUGGGCGCGGGUUUGACAGAGGGGUUACACUGACGAGUCAGAAAGGACGAAUUUUACAUGUUGAUGUGAAAAUGUCGUCGACGUUAAAGAUCAUAUUCUACAUGACGGGUCUGUUGUGGAUGUUUAUAGCAGCGUGCCACGGUUCUACGUCUGGUGCUGAACAAUGCGUUCAGGGUUCCAAUUGUCGUCUGCCACAGUGUUUCUGUCUCAACUCGUCUGCUCCCCCGAGCGGCUUUGCGGCUGAGGACAUUCCUCAGAUUGUUGUCUUUGCGUUUGACGGAUCUGUGAACAGAGCCAGCUACGGGUAUUACAAACAUUUCUUUUCGAAGAUUUACAGAAAUCCCAAUUCGUGUCCCAUCCGAGCCACGCUGUUCGCGAAAGACAGAUACACCAAUCACAGCAUGGUACGGGACCUGUACCGACACGGUCUGGAGAUAGCUGGGAACAGCUUGACGGGUAAGCUGCCUAUAUCGUUCUGGAGGGAAGCCAACAGGGAGGAAAUGCUGGAAGAGAUUCUCAAAAACAGACGACGAUUAUCAGAAAAGGCGGGAAUUCCGCUCAAUGAGAUUCGUGGAUGGAGAAGCCCUCAUAUUCAACCAACGGGGGAUAUACAGUUCAAGAUACUGCAACAAAACGGGUUUGAGUACGACUCGAGUCUAUACGUUCAGAGAAGGUCCCUUGAGGACGAUAUCACAUGGCCUGGAACCCUACAACACAGAUGGCCGUUGCCAUGUGAAACAAAGCCAUGCCCAAGCAAUAACUACACGUUAUGGGAGAUCCCCGUUAUAGCGCUGUUGGACCACAAGCAGAAAUACCCUUGUAUGACGGUAGGUGGGUGCAUCGUGAAGCCAGAGACGGAAUCGGAUGCUUUUCAACUUCUGUGGAGAAACUUUUACAACUUCUAUCGGAGUAAAAAGAUUCCCUUUAUCGUGAACAUGAAGCCAGGAUGGCUGAAUACCGACUACCAUAACUCUGCCUUGGAUAGGUUUAUCCUUUCGCUUCUGGAUCUGAACGACGUGUAUAUUGUCACCAUGCAUCAGUUGGUCCAGUGGAUGCAGCACCCGACGAAUCUGACUGAUAUUCAUGACUUCAAGCCCUGGAAGUGUCCCGGCGCUCUGGGUGAUGGGGUUUCAGUGAACCUCAAUGUGUUUUCUGUUCUUGGAGUUUCUGUGAUUGGAUAUGUAUUUGUCACUGCUUGGGCGUGAUCUGUUGUUGGUAGGGGUGUUCACGGCAGUGUUCGCUACUAUGUUUAUAGCAGUGUUCAUAGCUGUGUUCACCAUGGUGUCCACAGCGGUUUUCGCCGUAGUAUUUACCGUGGUGUUUGUUCAUAGCGAUGUUCAUGGCUGUGUUCACAGUGAUGUUCCUGGCAUUGUUCACACAGAUGUUCAUGGUUGUGUUCACAAUAGGGUUCACGACGGUGUUCAUAAUGGUGUACACAUCGAUGUUUACAGGGACGUUUCUUAGAGUGUUCACAGUUGCGUUCACAAUGAUGUUUAUUGUUGUGUUCACAAUGGUGUUCACGACGGUGUUUACAGUGAUAUUCCUUACAGUGUUCACAAUGGUGUUCAUCGCGGUGUUUACAGUGAUGUUCCUGGCAGUGUUCACAGUUGCGUUCACACUGAUGUUCAUGGUUGUGUUCACAAUGGUGUUCACGACAGGGAUGUUCAUGGCGAUCCAGACAGUGACGUUCACAGCAUUGUUUACACCUAUGUUCACAACAUAUUCUUUAGCAGGCGUUUUUUGUUCAACAAGAAAUUCUUUCGAUGGAGGAUAUUUAUUGAGUAAGGAUAAGAUUUAUAGAUGAACAACUUUUUUAUUACAAUUAGGAGCGACGUUUCGGUAUAGGUUAUAACACCGUUAUCAAACAAGUGAAUCGUCGCUCUUAAUUGUAAUAAAGAAGUUGUUCAUCCAUAAAUCGUAUCCUUACUUAGUACUCCAUCUUCUAAAUGCCUAUCAAAGAAGAUAUUUAUGGAACUUGAUAUGCACCUGCCGUGUUGACACUGGUGGUUUAGUUUUAUCACACGUCGUGUGCUCAUCAACUGUAUUAGGAUCUUUUUUAAUAUAUUUUUCAUCAAAACCACAAAUUGUAUAAUUUCCUUAUGAUGGAAAUAAAUAUACAUUUGUUUGUACCCUGACAGUCACUGUUCUCAACGGGCGAAAAACGCGUUAAUUAAGGAUGCUUUUACUGAUGGCUAGCCUGUGGCAAAGUGGCAGCCAUGACAAGUUUGAUUCAGUUCGUUCAACCAUCACUGAUAUACUGAUAAGCUGUCUCCGUGCUCGUGGGUUUCACCGAAGUGGUAAACGUCUGAGACCUGCAUCACUUCGGGCUUUCCUCCCACAUUAAGCUGACCCGCCGCGAUAUAACUGUAAUACUGUUAAAAGCGGCGUUAAACCCAACUCACUCACUCACUUAGAUAUAUUGAACAUGCAACCCGGCUGUUGGCUUCAGAAGGAACAUCGGGAGUUAUUUUGUAAAGCUGUGCAAUAACAAAGCUCAUUAAGCAAACAGGGGGCGUGUUCACAUGUACGCAUGUCCAUUGUACGAUCGACUUUAUCAUGAGCAUGUUAUUUUAUUAAUAACAAUGAAAUAGUGACGAUACGGGGUGUGGUGAGCGUAUCCUGCCCCAGUGUCGGGUCGCGUCACAAACACAUGCAAUGUCAAGUCAACAAACACGGGAGCAUAUGGUACGACUCAUAUACCUGUUUGUAUCUGAAGCGUCAAAUGUGGAAAUGUCCUUCACAUGUAUAAAGGGGCGGUCGGGUAGCCUAGUGGUUAAAGCGUUCGCUCGUCACGCCGUAGACCCGGGUUCGAUUCCCGAUAUGGGUACAAUGUGUGGAGCCCAGUUCUGGUGUCCCCCGCCGUGAUAUUGCUGGAAUAUUGCUAAAAGCGGCGUAAAACCAUACUCACUCACUCACAUGUAUAAAACCUUUUUAAAGCUUUUCUGAGGUCUUGAAUGAUGUAACUUUAAAGAGUCGUAUGACUCCCUUUGAAAUGUUCAUAGAAAGAUCAUGAUCUGUUGUAUCUCAAAAGUUGUAAAAUGUAGACACCAAACGCUGGAGCUGCACUAAUUUCCCUUGACAUUUGGGAAAGUUGACUUUUGGAAAGUUGAAGACAUCCCUCUUGUUAAACAAUCAUGUGGAUAGUGGUUUGUAGGGGAGCCAGACUCUGGAUGGAUGCUAGCUGGGACGAAUGGGAUUAUUCCAAUUCUGUUUCCUCUUUUCAGUGAUGCAUCCCACCAAGGGCAACAUCACGCCCUGACGUGACCAACAUGAAAGCCACUCAAUAAGUUCCUCUUCUCUUUUGACUUAUGUUUUAGAAUAUGCUUCGACAGCAUCCAUGAUGAUUUUAAAGCUGUGAUCCAAAUUGGUAGGGGGCAGCGCACAAUAUUUAUGGUUUAUAUUUGAAUAGUGAGUGAGUGAGUUGGGUUUAACACCGCUUUUAACAGUAUUACAGUUAUAUCACGGCGUGUCAGCUUAAUGUGGGAGGAAAGA